AUAUCUGAACCAAAUGAGUUUGACAUCAUGCUUGUAAUGCCUGUUGUGAGGCUUCAGCUGGAUGAAUGCGAUGACACUGGAGCCUAUUAUUACCUAAGAUUCAAAAGAAAUCCAAAAGAAAAAGAUUUGUUGAAGUUUGUAGAUGAAGAUGGAAAAUUAUCAGCCUUUAAAAUGCUUCAAGCACUACGAGACAUUAUUAAACAAGAAGUAAAAAAUAUUAAAGAUGCAGAAGUAACUGUGAAAAGGAAAAAGCCUGGAAGCCCUGCAAUAACUCUUCAGAUCAAAAAUUCUCAAGCAGAAGUAUCAGUGGACAUAAUCUUGACUUUGAAAGUUCAGCAGAGCUGGCCACCUAGCACACAGGAUGGCCUCAAAAUUGAAGAGUGGCUGGGAAGAAAAGUCAGGCAAAAGUUCAGAAAUCAAUCACUUUAUUUAGUAGCCAAACAAAACAAAAGAGAAAAGGUUCUAAGAGGAAACACCUGGCGACUCUCUUUCUCCCAUAUUGAGAAGGCCAUGUUGAACAACCAUGGCAAUGAGAAGACAUGUUGUGAAUCUGAUGGACCAAAGUGCUGUAGGAAAGGUUGUCUUAAGCUUCUGAAGUAUCUUCUAGAACAACUUAAAAUUAAAUAUACAAAAGAGUUGGAAAAAUUCUGCUCGUAUCAUGUCAAAACUGCUUUAUUCCACUCGUGUGUCAUCUGGCCAAAGGACACAGACUGGCAUUUGGGAGACCUGGAUCAAUGCUUUCAGAAAUACCUGGGAUAUUUUCUGGAUUGCCUGCAGCAGUCUCAGCUGCCACACUUUUUUAUUCCCCAAUACAACUUGCUCAGCCUGGAAGAUAAAGCGAGGAGUGCUUUCCUCUCAAGACAAAUACACUAUCAAUUGAACAACAGAUUCCCAAUAUUUCAGGAGAUGUAUUAA